AUGGUAAAUCCAGUUUCACGAAGAUUACUUAAAGAACUCAAAGACUAUCAAAAAGAGCUUAAUCCAGAUCUUGUUGAAUUAUCUCCAAUACAAGAAGACAAUAUUUUAAUCUGGAAGGCAGUCUUGCGGGGAGAAGCCGAUACUCCCUAUGAAGGCGGACAAUGGACCUUGCGUAUAGAGAUACCAAAAAAUUAUCCUAUUCAACCGCCUAAAAUGAAAUUUUUGACCAAGAUCUGUCAUCCAAAUAUAUCUUUCAAGACAGGUGAAAUCUGUUUAGACAUUCUGAAAGCCGCAUGGAGUCCUGCAUGGACUUUGCAAUCUGCGUGUAUGGCGAUUAGAUUGUUGCUAUCAAAUCCAGAACCCACCAGUCCAUUAAAUUGUGACGCUGCGAAUUUGCUUCGUUGCGGGGACUUUAUGGGUUAUGAAUCCUUGGUCAGGAUGUACACGCAACUUUACGCCAUGCCUCAAAUUGACAAUGAAGGGAGCACUUAA